AUGCCAAAACACGGACACCAUGCCUACCACCUAGUAGAUAUCAGACCAUGACCUCUUACCGGUUCCAUCAGAGCCAUAAUACUUACAACAGGACUUGUAAAAUGAUUCCACCAGUUUAACAUAGAUCUAUUAAUCUUAGGAGUUACAGCAACCAUCUUAACAAUAAUUCAAUGAUGACGAGAUAUUACACGAGAAGGAACUUAUCAAGGACUCCACACAUCUAAAGUAGUCAAUGGCCUACGAUGAGGAAUAAUUUUAUUUAUUACAUCAGAAGUACUAUUCUUUUUCUCAUUUUUUUGAGCCUUCUUCCACAGAAGACUUUCCCCAACAGUAGAGCUCGGAACAUGCUGACCCCCAGCAGGAAUUAACACCUUCAACCCUUUUCAAAUUCCCUUACUUAAUACAGCUAUUCUCUUAGCAUCAGGAGCUACAGUAACUUGAGCCCAUCAUGCACUUUUAGCCUCUAAUCACACACAAGCCUUACAAAGUUUAGCUUUAACAGUAGUCUUAGGUAUAUAUUUCACGGCCCUCCAAGCUAUAGAAUACUAUGAAGCACCAUUUACGAUUGCUGAUUCAGUAUAUGGAUCCACUUUUUUCGUUGCUACUGGCUUCCACGGACUCCAUGUAAUUAUUGGAUCAGGCUUCUUAUUAGUCUCCCUCUACCGACUCUACAUAUGCCAUUUUUCCUCUGCCCAUCAUUUUGGAUUCGAAGCAGCUGCCUGAUAUUGACAUUUCGUAGAUGUAGUAUGACUCUUCCUUUAUAUCUCAAUUUACUGAUGAGGAGGAUAA